UAUACAGCCGACUCUCUCCUAGUUCUAAACAUCUUCAUUUCAUAGCUAGCACCUGCUCAAGACCACCCUACUUCAAACAGAAAAACAGUCAUGGCAACCUCUUCAAUCCACCAGUCAGCAUUUGCCGGCCAGACUGUUCUGAAGCAAUCGAAUAAGCUCAUCCAAAAGAUUGGCGGCCUUGGUGACGGCCGCAUCACCAUGAGGCGCACCGUUAAAAGUGCUCCUGAAAGCAUAUGGUAUGGCCCUGACCGCCCAAAAUACUUGGGACCAUUCUCCGAGCAAACUCCAUCCUACUUGACCGGUGAAUUUCCAGGUGACUAUGGAUGGGACACUGCUGGACUAUCCGCAGACCCCGAGACCUUCGCCAAGAACCGCGAGCUUGAGGUGAUCCACAGCCGGUGGGCCAUGCUUGGUGCAUUGGGCUGUGUCUUCCCAGAAGUCCUGUCAAAGAACGGUGUCAAGUUUGGCGAAGCUGUUUGGUUCAAGGCCGGGUCUCAAAUCUUCUCCGAGGGCGGCCUGGACUACCUAGGCAACCCAAACCUCGUCCAUGCCCAGAGCAUCCUGGCAAUCUGGGCUGUCCAGGUUGUGCUCAUGGGAUUUGUUGAAGGAUACAGAGUUGGUGGAGGACCACUUGGGGAAGGUCUGGAUCCACUUUACCCUGGAGGAUCAUUUGACCCACUUGGACUUGCUGACGAUCCUGAAGCCUUUGCUGAACUGAAGGUGAAGGAAGUCAAGAAUGGGCGGUUGGCAAUGACCUCAAUGUUUGGAUUCUUUGUUCAGGCUAUUGUAACUGGAAAAGGGCCAGUUGAGAACCUCUAUGACCACGUUGCUGAUCCCGUGGCCAACAAUGCAUGGGCAUACGCUACCAACUUUGUCCCCGGGAAGUGAAGAAACCUAAAUUGCUGGCAUUUCAUCUGCAACAUUAUCCAAAGUUGUUAUUUUUCUGUAUCCAGUAAAAAGAUGCAGCUUCUUUUUGCUUGAACAACUUCUUUGUUUAUUGGCCAAAAGAAAAGAAAAGAAUACAAGAAAAAAGA